AUGUGGGGUUUUCUUCUACUUCUAACCUUUUGCUCAGCUUUUGAAAUCUUUAUAGUCCCACAUUCACAUUGCGAUCCAGGAUGGAUCGAAACUGUAAAGUGGUAUUAUGAUAGACAAGCUCGAAACAUCCUUAAUAACAUUGUCAGUAUCUUGCAAAAGGAUUCAAGAAGGAAGAUUGUGUGGUCAGAGACUUCUUUCUUGAAGAUGUGGAUGGACGAACAAUCAGAUGAAAAAAUAAACCUCUUUAAAAGCUUCGUCAAAAAUGGGCAAAUUGAAUUUGUCGGAGGUGGCUAUGUGCAGAAUGAUGAAGCUAACCCAGAUUUUGAGAUGGUUAUAAGGCAGCUAGAAACUGGCCAUCAAUACCUUAACAAAGAAUUUGGGAUCACAAAGGUAAGGGUUGGAUGGCAAAUUGACCCAUUUGGCCACUCUGCCUUGACACCUAGCUUAUGGUCAAAAUUCGGAUAUGAAUUUUUGGUGACAAACAGAAUCAAUGUAGGGCUAAGAGAUGAGCUGAGGAGAGACGGAAACAUUGAGUUUCUAUGGGAAGGAGUGAAUUUCGGGCACAAUGAAUCGAUUUUUACUCACAAUUUGUAUGACCAUUAUGAUCCACCUCAGGUGCUUCACCCCUAUAAAAACCAUUGCUUUGGCUAUGGGCCUAUCAGUGACAAUAUCCUUAACAGAUGGUAAAUUUUAUUUAGCUUGAACAUUAUUUAUAACCUAUUCAAUGAAAGGAAGUCAGCUUAUAAGCAUGAUAAGCUGAUGCUUUUAUAUGGUGACGAUUUUUACUAUAUGAACUCAGAUGAAGGAGAAAAAUUAUAUAAAAGAAUUGAAGCAUUAAGAGACUAUGCUGAAAAAUCAAAUGAGUACCCAAACAUGAAGAUCAAAAUAGCAACAGCCAGUGAGUAUUUUGACGCAGUUAAAAAUAGCAAGCCUAAGCUUUCAGUUUACAAAGGAGAUCUGUUGCCUUAUGUUAAUUUCAGAGCUGGGUGGGAACCAGCUCAUUGGACUGGGUAUUACACUACUCGACCUCACUUAAAGCAAACUAUUUAUUACACCCACAAAUUAGUAAGAGCUACUGAAAUUGUUCUUGCCCUAAGCAAAGGAAAAUCAUUUUUUGCUUCAGAGUCUAGUCUUGCACUGCAUCAUGAUGCUAUUACUGGUACUUGCAGACCUCAAGUUGUAGAAGACUACACAAACAGACUUAUAGAUGAGCAGAAAAGUGCAAGAAAAGCAAUAAAUGACGCUAUUAAAAACAAAUUCCCUAAAGCAGAAGCUAAAUUUGCAUUAGCUUUGCCUUAUAGAGUAUUAAUUGUUUACAACCCUCUCAACUGGGAAGCCACAUGCCUACUUCAUUUAGAAGUAAGCAAUGACAUUUUUAUCCAAAUAAAAAAUUGGCGAGGAGAAUACGUCCUAUUGCAAUCAGUCAGCAACCUGCUUGAUGAUAAAAAGACAGUCUAUAUGAAACUAUCAUUACCAGCACUAUCAUUUGUUACCUUAUUUGCUAUUGAAAAAACUGAAUACUCUGAAUAUUGUGACGAAAAAUCAGAAGAAUCAGAAACAGACCGAUCAAUCAAAGACAAACAUUUCUCAAUUAAUUUUAAUGAUUUCGGGCUCGUCCAAGAAAUAACGAAACCUAGCUUGAAUUAUAACUUAAAACAAGAAUUUUGGACUUAUUCAGGAAACAGAGGUGGGGCAUAUAUUUUUCACCCUCCAAGCAAUGGAAAUGAAAUAACUGAUAUGAGCUUGGACAAAAUUCUAGUAUCGAAAGGGUCUAUACUUGAAACAGUAGAAGUGGUAUGGAGAAGACAGAGAAGAUCUUUUGACAUUGAUUAUUAUUACCAAAAAAUAAUUUUGUAUGGCCAAUCACGAUUUAUCUGGAAAUACGGAUUAUAUGCAACUAAUAAUGAAGAAAUUUUGGUGAGAUUUUCAAGCAAUAAUAUUAAUGGUGAAAAAUGGCUGCUUACUUCGAAUUCAGGAGAUUUGAGGGAGAGAAAGUACUAUCAAGAAAGUGCUAGCAAAAAAGGCUCAAAUAUGUAUCCUGCACCAGGCGGUUUUGCUGUAAAACUUGAUGAUGAGUAUUUGCAAGUUUUUCCGAAAUUUUCUAUUGGAGUUGCAAUGGUCAAUGAAGGGUCCUUUGAGCUUCUUCUUCAUAGAAACCUAGGCCAAGAUGACAAUUUUGGGCUCUCCACAGGGGUAGAUGACAAGAAAUUCGUCCACUACCACUUUGAAAUAGAAUUAAACAAAUUAUCACAAAAAAGCUAUUGGAAAUCUUAUCUUGAAGCCAAAACGGAUAUUUAUACAUUCACACUGUCUAAUUUAGCUGAUUUUUCUAUAUCUGAUAAGCCUUGGCUUGAAGGAGAACUCAUAGAAAAAGACUGGAAAAGGGAGACCGUAUACUCUUUAGGAUUUAGUAGUAACGACCUUUAUUUGUCAAGUCUUGUUGCUAAAAAUAGCCAAUUAGUAAUGAGAGUUCUAAACUUAAAAGAUACAAGCCAAAAACUAUCAGUAAAUGGUUUUGAAUUUUUGAAUAAAAAAUUAUUUGAUGGAUUUUUAGAUGCAGAUACUGUACAAAGCAGAUGGGACAAAGGAGAUGAAUUUGUUUUCAGCCAAAAACCUGAUUCCAGCUAUCCGAAGUUUGCAGCAAAGGGAGAUCGAGAGGAGAAUGAAGGACAGGAUUUGCUGAAACCGUUUGAAUUGGCAACUUUUGAAGUAAAAGUUGUGCCUGCUAAGGUGGAAGAAUCGAUAGUUGAGGAGAAAAAUGAAGCAAUUGAGGAAAAAACUAAAGAAAUUCAAGAAACAGUAGAGAAUGAAGCAGAGAGAAAUGAAGAACAAGUUGCUGAAAACGAAAUAAAAGCUGAAACUCAAGAAACCAAUGAAGAAACUACUGAAAAGAAAGACAUUACUGAGCAAGAACCAAGAGAGCAAGAACCUAUCGAGCAAGAGACAACCAAUCCUAAAGAAGAAACCAAAGAAAACGAAGAAGAAAAGCCUGCAAUAGAACAAGAAAGUUCUCAAGCAGAUGCAGACCCUAUAGUACCAAUAAUUGAAAAUAAAGGAAUUGCCGAAGCUGAGCAAGAAAGUGACUCUGAAGCUGUCUUUAUCCCUCAAGAAAACCAAGAAACCCCUGAAGAAGAAAGCAAGCAAGAGUACUCAAAAUCUCAUGAUGGAGAAGCAGAAACAAUAGAGGCCACUGAAAACGAAGAAAAGCAAGAAGAAGCUAAGAAAGAAAAAAUAGACAGAAUUCCUAUAAAAGAUAUUAGAAACCCUAGCAUCGAUAUAGUCAAAAAUGUAUAUGGGACUGCUCCAGUGAUUAUCGAAAACCCUGAGUCAGCCCAAACAGGUGUUACUGCUCUACAAAGGCUGGAAUAUGCAGUUGUAAUCUGCUUGUCAGGGAUUUCAGUCAUGAGCAUCAUUCUCUACUUCAGGUCGAAGAAAAAGCGAAAAGAGUAA